GCUAUUGAUCUUAUAUCUCGCCUUCUGGAUUAUACCCCAUCUAACCGGUUGACAGCAAUUGAGGCAAUGUGUCAUCCAUUCUUUGAUGAACUUCGAAAUCCAGAAACGAGACUUCCUACUGGAAAGGAACUACCAAAACUUUUUGAUUUUACUGAACAAGAACUAUCUAUUCGAGAUGAUCUCAUUUCUCAACUCGUACCACAGCACGCUGAGGCUGAACUUAAAGCGAGAGGGAUUGAUAUUCACAAUUUCGUUCCAUUAACACAAAGCCAAAUGC